GUUUUAUAGCUGCAUUGGAUCCCUAUAUAUGAAUUCUUUAUAUAUACUUAAUUCUAAACCCUCUCUCUUUCUUCAUAAAUUCCGUGUUGGAGGGGAAACUGUGCAGAUCGUCAAAGCAAGUUUAUAUAUUUUAAAGCAACUAGUAGUAGCAUAAUAUUAUAUGACAUCUUUGAGUAAACCAAUUACCAAGACCACUAAUGGCUUCUAAAUUAGUAAAAAUUCCAAUCCCCAAGUCUCAUCAACAUAUAUUUCCCAGAGAGUUUUGAGAGAGAGGCAAUUCAAAGUGGAGAGAAAUGAGAGGUGGGAAUGAAGAUUAUCUGCCCAGAAAGCACCCACAACAUGCCAAAACCCAAAUCAAGUUUAAGCUCAAGAUUCUUGUUCUCAUUGUGCUAACCAAUCUUCUCACUCUAUACAUCUUCACUGGCCCUAUUAACUUGACCACAACUACUUCUAACUAUGCUCACAACCUUCCUUUCUUGGGCUAUAACUCCCUCUUCCAAGAGCUUAAUUCCACCCAAAGGGAACUCAAAGCGAGCCGGUUAGAUGUCACGGAUUUGCUCGAGAAGCUCAGGUCGAGUGACCGUCUUGUUGAGGCACUCCUAUCUCAGCUAAACGUGCUCAACCGGGCCAUUAACCAAACCCCGGAUUCGAAUGUUGUGUUGAGUUACGAUGAUCUUCUUGCUGGCUUGUCAGAUGAAGCUAGGCUUUCGAUGGGUUCUCACAAGCUUCCCUUGGGGUAUGCGCCUCGAAUGGGGUCAGAUGAAGUUUAUCCCUCGGUUGGAGGGGCGUGUAUGAGGUAUAGAGAAGAGCUGGCACAGUAUAUGAGUUAUAUUGUGGGCGAGGAGUGCCCGGUGGAUGAUGUUUUCGCCCAAAAGAUGCUUCUGAGGGGCUGCGAGCCGCUUCCCAGAAGACGGUGCCACCCAAAAUCGCCCGUUGGCUAUACCGAGCCAACGCCAUUGCCCGAUAGCCUCUGGUCUACGCCCCCCGACACGAGCAUUAUAUGGGAUCCAUAUCCCUGCAAGAGCUAUAAGUGCCUCAUAGAAAGAAGGCUCAAUCCAGGGUUCUAUGACUGUAAGGACUGUUUUUACUUACAAGGCAGGGAGAAGCAUAGGUGGUUGACUGACAAUGGAGGCCUGGAUUUCGGGAUUGAUGAAGUUCUCGCUACGAAGCCAAAUGGCACGAUCCGGAUAGGCCUGGACAUCGGGGGAGGUGCAGGCACAUUUGCAGCCAGGAUGAAGGAGAGGGACAUCACCAUCAUCACUACCUCGAUGAACUUCGAUGGCCCUUUCAACAGCUUCAUCGCCUCGAGGGGGUUGCUCUCGAUGCACCUCAGCGUCUCCCAGAGGCUCCCGUUCUUCGAAAACACACUGGACAUCGUCCACUCGAUGCAUGUUUUGAACAACUGGAUCCCCCAUAAUAUGCUCGAGUUCACACUCUUCGACAUAUACCGGGUGCUGAGGCCUGGCGGGCUGCUCUGGCUCGACCAUUUCUUCUGCAUUGCGUCUCAGCUCAACGGCACUUAUGCUCCCAUGAUUGACCGGGUCGGGUUCAAGAAACUCAGGUGGCAUGCUGGGAUGAAGCUUGAUAAAGGCAAGGACAAGAAUGAAUGGUACUUCUCUGCUCUCCUGGAAAAACCAAUGACCUGAUUAAGGUUAUCUUGUAGUCCUAUGAAUAGUGAAUACCAUGUUGUAUUGCUGUAAUCUAUCCAAACCUUAGGAUAGCCAAAACUCUAUACUUUCAGUCAAUUCAGAUUUGCCAUUCAAUAAUAUAUAUGCUACUA